AGGGGAAGGGCAGUGAGUGAGUGAGUCAGGGAAUAGGGAAAUAUCGGUCGGGAGUGAUGAAGGAAGGAAAGGGGUCUGUCUGUCUGAGAGGCCAUCUGUCGAUGUCAGGAGUCAAAAAUUACGGGCACUUGCCAGAUUCAUUAGGAAAAAUAUUGGGCUCCACCGUCUCGGGCUUUACCGCUUCAGCUUUUGGGCCGUGUGAUGGAUCUAACCCAUCUAACGCUAGUCCUCGUGUUGCCCAAUGCUUGCUCUCUCUCUCUCUCUAUCGAUGUAUCUAUGUAUCUAUCUAACUCAUUGAGGUCUUGCACAUCGCCACGCCACCGCUCUUCUUCUUCCCUCUGCCACCCGACGUACAGGAGGGCAUCACUUUCAAUCCGCAGCGGGGAACAUCUGUAAUGUGGCUAGCUGAGCCUUGAGGUGCGCACCAAGUUGGACGAAUCACGCAGGACCACAAAUGUUAAUACAGGUGGUAAGUGAAGGGAACUGGAGAACAGAACGUUACGAAGACGUGACGGCGCAGUGGGACCAGCCACGCAACAUCCUUGCAAUAUCCGUCAUUAUUCUCUGAUCCAAUCAGUUCAGUGUAUUUAAGGUUUUAUUGUCAUCAACCGUCAACUUUCAUGCAGGGAGCGUUUAGCGAAGGUAGUCAAGUUAGUGUGCUUUCAUGAAGAAUCACGCUUUCAUCUGUCCACAGCUGUAGAGAGGGAGAGUGUUCGAGUCACGUACUGAUUCUUGCUCGUCACAUCAAUACCUGACCAAGCAAUUCGUAGAUGCGUAGAACUUGAUCCAGGGAUUGCACCAGUCAAUGUGAUUCGUCGGGGCACUACGGUAUUGACAUGUUUAGACAUUACCAAGUCACUAGGGACCUCGAGUCCCAGAGCUGGAGCGAGGCACCGAGUCUAAUAGAUUUUUCCAAGGAAGAGGGACCUGUAUUUGAGGAUAGAUAUGCGCAAUGGACGCGACAAUACCUGGAGCUCAGUCCACAAACCCAGCCGUUGAGCACAAGACCUAGAGAAAAAUGGUUACAAUCACGGGAUGAAUCUAGAAUUACAGAUGAUGGACGAUCUCGGGUGGUUCGAUGGUCAACGCCAUCAUCCGUCGCUUCUGUGGAAGUCCGAAGUGGGGAUUAUGUAUCAGAUCAUCGAAUUAAUAUGGAACGUGCUGCAGUCAGCAGAUUUUCACCUGCUGGAAACCAGAUUCAGGACUCAACGACAGCAUGCUCACAACAAGCGGCGAAGCAAUGGAAGCUAUGUCUUCCACGACCAGACCUGCCCAAGUUUCUCAGGAUAUCGUCCCCAACUUCUUCAUCAACGAGGGAAUCCGGUACCUCUUUGGACAACAUGGUGGCCGAAGCGAGUGCUUCGUCAAGUCCACCUUGUCUCAGACGUCCGGACCAGCAUAGAUCCUCGGUAGUCUGUCCAACAUUCUCUAUGGAUUUAGGUCAAUUAGUUACAGACCUGGACGUGGGAGAACAGCGUGGAAGGCUCAGCGGUAUGACACCACAGACCAAGCCACAAAAUGGGGAGGUUGUGUUCACAGACAGCUCCUCAACCCGGGGUCGCAAGAAGCUAAGAAGGAUGUUGGCAGCUUCAAGCACAACCGCAUCCGAAUGUGAGGACACAUCAGCAUCGCCUGAAUUGACGUUGCCCUACAACGGCAACGCACAAACUGUUCCCACAGGGACUCCACAUCCACCCAAGACGUCCGGGAAAUCGCCUCCGGGUGGCGAAGAGAAGCACUUGAUCCUGCAGGCCGCAACAGCGCUUCUAAUGCUAUUGACGAAUGAGCCCACUCCGUCGUCCGCGGCAGCGCGUCCACCUGGACUUUCGUCGCCAUCAAACGCGGACCUGUUGUCCGACAUCGACGAAUCUGAACGGCGAGGCUCAGCUUGUAGUCAAGCAUCGGGCGACGCAGCGACGGGCUCCAUUCUUCCCAGACCCUGCACCAAGCGUCGAUACCGGCUGAUGUCGGAUCUGAUGGCGGAGACUUCCAGGCUCUGAGUCUCGGAAGACGGGUAGAUCUCCGCCGUUGUUGUUGUCGUCGUAGUUCCAGCUUUCACUGGCCCAUGCGAUUUGUCUGCAACAUCGGCACUGUACAUACUGUCGUCCAGCAUUGAAUCUAGACUCCAGACUCUUGUGGAGGAAGAGCAAAUUUUGCUGCAGCCACUGAGCAGAUUCCCGCAGCCAAGGCUCUUAUGCGCUGAUUGCUAUUCCUAGUGUGGCUGUCCGGUAUUGUAAAAAUUGACUGUGCUUUGAAUGCACGAGGUGCCAUGCAAUCCAGCCUCACGCUUCGCCGUUGCCAGUGCCGGGAAACGAUAUUUUCCUCUGUAUUCACUCGCUGUCAGAAAACUUUUCUUUUUUAUAUAAAUGUAUACAUAUAAACAAAACACAACCCAUUUUUCUUCCC